CCGUGUGCUCUCAGUGAGUCACUACUGUCUGAGGGGAUUUCACACAUCCACAGAGGAAUUCAUUAGAGACCGGCGUUACUUUAGGUGGAGGACCAAACAAAGGAGUGGCGACAGUUCAGUGUCAUCUCGUGCACAUGUGAUUUUUUUGUUAAAGUUGCCUAAACGAAAGUGAUAUCGAGCAAGUUGGCAAAUCGUUGAUCUGUGGGAGUCGACUCGAGGAAAAACAACAACAACAAGAAGAAGAAGAAGAACACAAAGCAAAAAGAAAACAUGUCUAAACCAAAUUACUCCGGCAAGUAUCAGAUGUUGGAGCAAACUAAUAUGGACACAUACCUCGCGUGUUUGGACAUUAACUUUGCUCUGAGAAAGAUAGUUUGUCUCUUGAAGCCGAGCAAAGAGAUCGUCCAUGACGUGGCCACAGGUGCCAUGAAGAUCCACACAAUCACGCCUUUUAAGUGCUUUAACAUGGAAUUCACUAUUGGUGAAGAGUUUACUGAAGACCUGGGGCCUGUUGAUGGACGCACAUGUCAGACCACAGUGAGCUGGGAUGGAGACAAACUGGUUUGUGUGCAGCGAGGGGAGAAAGAAGGUCGAGGCUGGACUCACUGGCUGGAGGAAAACAAACUGCAUCUGGAGAUGAGAGUUCAAGGAGUGAUUGCCAAGCAAGUUUUCCAGAAGACUGAAUAAGGUCCAAACAUGGUGGUAGUAGUAGUAGUGGUGGACUUAAACAUGUUUCUAAAGUUUAUCUAUAACCAACAAUACUUUUUAAUAAUUCCCAUGCGACUGUAUAACUGUGAAAAAUAAUGUUAUGUACAUGUUUAUUGUUUCUGUGUGAUGACACCGAGAGCAGACAAGAGCCUGAAGGACGCUGGACUUGUGUAAACAUUCCCAACACUGAUGUUUUAUCUUAUUUACAAAGUUAUAAACAAAUCUGCCUUCCGUCAA